CAGAGGUUAACAUGACCUUUACUUUCAUAUGCUAGUUUGUGUGUUGUAAAUUUCCACUCGUUGCUCCAAACUCAGACUUGUUUGGUGCCAAGUCGACAGUACCUUGGUUUGGUGUUUCAUUUAUUCACUUGUAUAGCACUAUUCUCUUUUACCGUCGCAGUGCAUUAGGACUGAUACAGAAAGCUUAUCGCAGCACAAUGGCAUGAAGGGAUCUUGUAAAAAAUGCUCAAAAUAACUGGGGCACUUUAUUCAAGUUGCUGAGAUUCAAAGGUUUUUAGAGUUCAUUACUGCAGAUACUAUAGGAGAUAUGGCGGAGUAUAGAAGUAUGGCAGAGUAGGAUGGGAACACUUUCUGUCUGGUGCUCAGGGCAAAGGUUCUAGACGGUAAACCUUAUACAGUAACAAUGCUAAACGGGCUCGCUGCCACUUGAUGACCCUGUUUUUAAAGCAAAUAAUUGCACUAUACUAGACCAUGGGGAAGGCUGAAAAAAUCAAUAACUUAGAAAAUGAAGACGUAAAUAAUGGAAGCAGCACAACAAAUCAAGGGUGGACUUGUCGUCUUGUGAUAGCUUCUCUGUCUGGAGCUUUCGGUUCUUCAUAUCUGUAUGGCUACAAUCUCUCUGUUGUCAAUGCUCCAACCUUGUAUGUUAAGGAAUUUUACAAUAAAACUUGGAAUGAUAGGUAUGACCAACCCAUGGAAGCAGCAUCCUUGACACUCAUGUGGUCAGUAACAGUUUCCAUUUUUGCCAUUGGAGGUCUUGUAGGCGCUAUAAUGGUAUCUCCUCUGGUGAAGCUCUUGGGAAGGAAGGGCACAUUGUUGUUGAACAAUGUUUUUGCCAUUGUUGCUUCCCUUAUGCUGGCCUUAGGGGAGGUAGCAGGAUCCUUUGAAAUGCUUAUAUUGGGUCGAUUUAUAAUUGGAGUUGAUGCUGGCAUUGCCUUAAGUGCCCUUCCCAUGUACUUGGGAGAGAUCUCACCCAAACAGAUCCGAGGCGCCCUGGGGCAGAUCCACUCCAUCUUUAUCUGUGUUGGUGUCUUUACUGGUCAGGUCAUGGGCCUCCCAGAAUUGCUAGGCCAGGAAUCCAGAUGGAAUUACAUGUUCGGCAUCAUCAUGGUCCCUGCUUCAGUGCAACUGCUUACGCUGCCCUUUCUUCCUGAGAGCCCCAGGUACCUGCUGCUCGAAAAACGGGAUGAGACAAGGGCAGAGAAAGCAUUACAGGCUUUUCUCAACAAAAAGGAUGUGUCAAAGGAGUUGGAGGAAGUACAGGCUGAGUACAGUGCCCAGCGCAGUAUUCAUCUAGUGUCAAUGAUUGAACUUUUCAAAACCCCAUCUGUUCGGUGGCAGAUAAUCACAGCAAUUGUUACCAUGGGUUGCUACCAGCUGUGUGGUUUGAAUGCUAUUUGGUUUUACACAAACAACAUCCUCAAAGAAGCGGGCAUGAAAAGUGAUCAGAUCCCUUACAUUACCUUGAUCACUGGUGGCGUUGAGAUCCUGGCAGCUGUAGUCUCUGGAAUGAUUAUAGAACAUGUUGGGCGAAGACCUCUUCUUAUUGGUGGAUUCGGUGCUAUGGCUGUGUUCUAUGGCUUGCUUACAAUUUUCCUUAAUUUACAGACCAAAGCAAGUUGGCUGCCUUACCUCAGUUUUGGAUGCAUUUUGGGAGUUAUUGCAGCAUUUUGCACUGGUCCAGGUGGAAUUCCUUUCAUUCUCACUGGAGAGCUGUUUGAACAGUCAUAUCGACCUGCCGCCUUUGUGAUUGCUGGGACAGUGAGCUGGCUCUCCAGCUUUGCCGUAGGACUUCUGUUUCCCUUCAUCCAGGGAGCUUUUGGCGCCUUCUGCUUCAUGGUUUUUGCUGCAACGAGCAUGACGGGAGCCCUUUUUCUUUAUUUUGUCCUACCUGAAACCAAGGGCAAGACUUUUGUUGAAAUCAGCCAGUCCUUUGCCAAGAUCAACAGGGUAGCAGUAUCUAUCACAAAGGAGGAAAUGGAAUGGGUUGCUGCAAAAGUGAAAGUGGAGAACUGUGACACACAAAAUGAACAUGGUGAUGCUAUAACAGAAAUAGAAAAUUCCCUUUGACAUUUAGGGGAUUCUUGUAAUUUUAACCUGGACUUUCAUAAUCUACCAUGGUUAAAAAAAAAAAAAAAAAGUAGUUCUAAUCAGAGAAUUAGAACUUUGGUAUUUAGUGUUAUUGUUUGUUGAGGGUAUAGGUGAUUUUAUAUGAUAUUGGGCCUCAUUUAUAAAGGACACUAAAUUUAGAGUUAGCACACGUAACAUAGUGAGCCUAAUGUGCAGGAUAAAUAUAAAUUUACUGCCCUAUUUACUAACAGAGAACGCAUUAAUUUAUGUGCACACUGUUUGGUUCAUUUACAUGCCAUAACGCUCACUAAAUUUACUGUGAGGCAUAAUUUAAUGUGCACCAUAAUGUCCGAGGGUACAUGUGACCACCUUCAAAUAAAAAGCCCCAGCACUUCUGGUGUGUCUUUUGGUCAGUAGCUUAUUGUGAAGGUGGAUGGCUUACAUUGAUUUAAAAUGAGCAACCAACAGACACAGCACU